CUGCACCCUCCAUUUUUAGACUCUUCCACUCUCUUCCCACUUUUACUCCCUCUUUUAAUCUCCCACUACACUCAAUUAAGAGUCUAAAAAUUCCAUAUUUAAUUUUUUGACUCCUAAUGUGUAACCCCUACAAAUGGUCUAAUACGCAUGAGAACUGAGAAUUUUCGGGUUAUCAAGGUCCAAGAGCACAUCCUGGAGGCGGCGUUUGGAAAAGGAGAAGCAAGCGUAGGGCAACGGCUUUGUUGGCUUCACUUCGGUCAGUGGUUAAUUAAGCUUUUAUCUGUGAAUCAGCCUGUAUUUUGUUGCUCUUCUACUUCAUGAGAGACAAAAACUCAGCCAACACAACACAACCAUCUGGUGAAAAUGAUUUUGGCGGAGUAGGAGAUUUUGGAGAUGAAAAUGUAAAAAAUCUGUCAGAGGAUAAUGAUGCUUCCAAUAAACAGAUUAAGUGCUCAAUUGAUAGCCUCAAUGCAUUGCCAGAUUGCUUAGUUAUUCACAUCCUUUCUUUUCUGGAUUUGGAGGAAGCUGCAGUUACGAGUGUUUUGGGUAAAAGAUGGAGAUACCUUUGGGCAGAGUUGCCCAAGCUUGAAUUCUAUUUCUGGGGGAACAGUGAUGAGGGAACUAAGAAAAUAAGUGACUUUGUGGCUAGGGUUCAUAGGACCCUUGCUACUCGUAAGGGGAAGUAUCUGGAGAAGUUGACAGUUAGAUUCCCCUACCGCGAAUGUUUUUCAUCCGAUGUUGAUAACUGGGUUGAGUUUGCGUCAAAAAACAAGGUGAAAGAAAUUUAUUUUAACCUAAGCUCCACCGAAGAUCUCUAUACUCUUUGUGACAUGAUGUAUUCAUACCCUUCCUUGACAUCAUUGUCGUUGGGUGGAUGCAUUUUGAAUCCUGAAAGAAAAAUUGAGUGGCAGUCUUUGACUUCAUUAGAGAUUUCAAAUGUGGAUUUGCCUCAGCGUGUGGUGGAAAAAGUACUAUCCUGUUGUUCAGUUUUGAAUAGCUUGAAUCUGCGGGCUUGUUGGGGAUUUACUUGUUUGAAGAUAAACUCACCAAAUCUUUGUAAGCUUCGAGUGCAUGACUCUGAUGAAGAAGAAAGUGAAGAUUUCCUUGAGAUCUCAGCACCCUAUCUAAAAUCUUUGGUUCUUUCAUUGUAUCCUAUAGAAAGAAAGUUGAAGCUCACUAACCUUUCAUCUCUUGUUAGUGCUCAUUUUAGAUUCGCUGGAUACACUUGGGAUCCAAUGUAUGAGGAUGUCCUCGGUAAUACGAAAGAAAUCUUUGAAAACAUUCAACAUGUCAAGGAGCUUGAGCUUGGUCAUGAGCUCCUAGGGGCUAUAGCAGCAUUGGCGCUGGAUGCUAGUUGGCAGCUUCCCAGAUCUACACGAAAGAGUUUGAAAAUAAAUACGUUUAUUGAUGGUGAGGAUUAUGUUACUGCCAUUGUAAGUCUGCUUGAAUCUUCUCCUGAUCUGGUGGCGUUGGUCAUAGAUUGCGAUGAUCCAUCUGGGGUAAGCAGUGACAUGUAACCUUAAAUAAGUUCAGCGUUCUAACAAGUUUUAGCUAGCCAUUGAGCGAGUAACAUAUUGGGGCCGGGGACUGGAUUCUAAGCGGGGUCUUUGAAAAAAUAUAAGUGGCUAAUGGAAGUGCCUAUGCUGGGAAUUUUAGAGUAGAGGCUUCUACGCAUAAGCUAAAGAGAUAUCAUUUAACUACGGAGUGGAGGAUAGUUGGGAACCACCUGCAAGGGAUGAUUUAGGGUGUGACUUAUUGCACCUGAAGACGGUUGAGUUGAUUGGCUUGGCAGAUGCAGUUCUUGGCGGUGAACCAUUGCUUACAUUGGCACGAGUCAUUCUCAAGAGGGCAACAGCCUUAGAAAAGAUGUCAAUUUUGGCAACUACAGAAACUACAGAAGAAUUUGUCAAGAUAGGUCAAACCUUGCUCACUUACCCGAGAUCCUCACCAAACGCAGCCAUUGACUUCCUUUAGAUCAUUGCUUUUCUGUUUUGUUUUGAUAUUCUUCUGAUCUUAAUCAAAUGUCCAGCAUAGCGUAUAUAUAUUUAGACAUGAAAUUAUAUCAUGUCUUUCAUGCAUCACCUUGGAUGUGCUUCUUAGUAUAUGUGAACACUUGUUUUCUUUUUUUCUUUCUUUCCUUGGUAGAAACAUUAAUCUUGAAGUGCACACUUGCAUGUAAGUAAAUGUAACUCACAUUUAAAGAUCACUAUAAAGCUGGUUUCGAGUUUUUUUCCAGUUA